UACCCUGUUGGAAAAGAGAGAGGGGUCUUUCUCCCUCAGUAGCCUUUGGUUUUUCUCUUACUGCAGAACCCUAGCUCUGUUUACUGCAAGUGUUUCAUCAGGCUUAUCACUUGGUAAACGUGUUUAGGGUUGCAGUCAUAGUCUCCCUCAUCUGCAUGCUGUCCUAUUUAUUGGCAGCCUUUUUACCUGUGUCAUUCUCCAAAGGGAGGGGUCCCAGGUAUAGAAACCUUCACCAAAGUACUCGCCAACAAGGACAGGAUGCCUCAUGCAGCACAGUCUGUUCAAACCAAGGCAAAGCACAGAGCAUCAGUCUAGGUCCAGACCUGACCCGGAGUCAAGGUCCAGAAACAGUCCAAGGUCAAUAAUACCGGUAUCCCAGGGAGGCCAGGCAAGGCACAGCAAGGCAGACUAGACUCAAGCUGUAAGCAACAAGGGGUCAGCAGUCUGCACUGUUUCCAGAAACUGGAGGGCUUAAGAGGAAGGCCUUGACCUCCUAGACCACACCUUGAGCGCAGCUGCUGGUUGUGAAGGAAUAUCGGGGGUUGCUUAACCAUGAGUAGACACCCACCUCACAAGGAGACCAAUGACCCUGGGUCCAUAGGUGCAUACAUGCUAGUGCUCUUUGAUCUGGACCUGAAGCUUUAUGCCCUGAUGCACUCGAGGCCUGUGGGGUGGCUCCACCUCCUCUGGUGGUUCUAGGUUUGUUUGUUUGUUUGUUUUUGUUAGAUGUCAACCUGAAGGGCCUCUCAGGGCGAUCCUCAGAUCCAGGGGGCCCUGCCUGCUGCUCAGGGUCCUCGACCUGUAGGGUGCUUGGAUCGUCCUCUGAGGACUCUGUGUUGGGUCACAGGUCAGGGCUAGGCAAGACUCAUCCCUCUUGUUCAGCCAAAAAGUCUCCCAGAGUGACUUUGCAAUGAUCACUGGUAAGACAGUCCUCUAAGGCUGAGUCUAAACAACAAAACACACAAGGAAAAAGGGAUGAGGAAGAAGUAAACAAGCUCUGGUAGAACAAGAGGUGCAGAGAACUGAGGAUUUGAGCUUCGUUCUGCAAGCUUUGCUUUCUUUUGGCUGGGUGACUCAUCCGAGUUCUCCUAGCUGUGAUUCUGGGAGUUCCUGGGACCUGCGUAGAGCUAACAGCUCCCAGCAACAGCAGCUGCCUCCUGAUGGCCUCUUCCUUGUCGCAGCAUGUUGGAUAUGGAAGGGAAUUUAUAGCAGAAUCUUACAUACAUCAACCCAGAGCAGAGUCACAUUGAGUUUCCUGUGGUUUCCUGCAAGGAACUCCGGCAGAACUUGGAGUUCAGCGUGAGUCAGAAGAGAAUGGAGGAAGAUGGCUCGGAAGGGGAGACCUCGGACUCUGUGGAGGAGGACGUGCCUGCGGGGGCCUCGGAGGCAGAGGAGCCCCUUGAGUCUUCUGGAGAAGGCACUGGGCUUCUCCUCAGCAACGCAGGAGACUCCCCAGCAGCAGCAGCAGCAGCAGCAGCAGCAGCAGCAGCAGCAGCAGCAGCAGCAGCAGCUGUGCCCACCUCUCUCCUGGUGCUGGAAUUCAAGCCCAACUGCCAAAACAUGAAGAAGGAGCGGAGCCUCUCUGCAAAAAGGAAGGGCAGCGCUGAGACCUACGUCCCCACCAAGCCUGGUAGCCAAGGGGCUCGGCCGCUCUCCGCUGGGUGCCUGCACCAGGAGGAUCAGGAUCAGACCCCCUCCAGGCCAAUCAGCCGAUCCGAAAGGCCUCUCUCAGCCACCCGGAAGAAUGUGUGUGAGAAAAAAGACCCUGUGCGCUCGGCUUCUGUGGUCCUGAAGGCGGUGCAGGCAGAAAACGAGACCCUCCGGAAGGAGCUUCUCUGCAGGCAGCUGCAGGCUGGGCCCCUGUGGGCUGAGCUGGAGCCAGCCACUUCUGCUGAGCUGCCUUCGCCUUUGCCACCUGCGUCUGCAACAAAUGAGCCUCCUCAAAAGCUGCAGGAGGGAAGCGUCGUCUCCACGGCCAUGGAGAGGAUUGGGCACCUAGGAAACAGGCAACAGAAGAAGCUUCUGAAAGUGCUGCAAGAGAUUGAGAGCCAGUCUUCCUGCCGCAGCCCCCCAGUGCUGGGCCAGCUGGAAUUGGAGAGAGAGGUCCGGGAUGCCAUUUACAUCACUGUGGAGAUCCUCUCCAACUGGGGCAACGCCACCAGGGUGGGCCUGACGGAAGUGGAGUUCUUUGAUCUGCACCACGCCAAAGUGUUUGUGUCUCCUCACGACGUGGACAUCCGGCACGCUGACACGCCAGGAGAGCUGGGCUGCCUGGUCAACAGGAACUCCAAGGUCAGCAAAGAGCGCUUCCCCUGGACGUGCCUCUUCCAGCCUCCAGUGCAGCUGUACUUCGUGGUCCGAAAUCCCAGCUUGUCUGAUGACUUUGGUCUAUCCCGGAUCAGGAUUUGGAAUUACAGCACCCCUGUGCCUAGUGAUCUUGACAUCGGAGCAAGAAACAUCAUUGUCUAUGUGGAUGGAAACCUUGUAUUUGCCGGUGAACUGCAAAAGGGCUGUGGGAACGAGGGCGCUGAUGGCAGCAGCUGCGCCACCAUUGAGCUCCCAGAAAGUUGCUCCGUUCCUGGGAAGGAGAGGGAGGGAAGGGGCUGGGGCGCGGCAGAUUGGAGCCACGAGCCAGGCAGGGGGCCGUUGACUCUGAAGCCUCCCUUGGGGGGGAAUUGCUCCGAGGAAGAGGACAGCUCUCUUGGCCUGGUUAAGUUGAAGCAAAAUCUCCAAGCAGCACCUGGCUCAGUUUCGAGGGAAAAUGUCCAUAGCCCCCUCUCGCCUGAGACCAUGGAGCCUGCUCAUUCCGACGACGAUGUUUCUCUGAGUGAACAAAUGGAAAAACUCUCUGGAAGGAAAUUGUCUCAGCUGCCUGGCAUAGAGCCCCCCUGCAUCCUGCCCGCUUCUGAGCCCAAAGAAAAGAGCCGCCUUUGCUCUCCUAAGCCAAACCCAUUCCCCUGGCUUGAAUCACAGCGAGCCCAGCUGCCCACCCAGACCGUUGGGAGGGGCUGCCUAGGAACAAGCGACAGGAGCCCCCACCCCUGCCCAGAUGAUCUAGAGAGAUCCCACCUUGAGUCCGCCGAGGGGAAGCUGCUGGCAGGCACCAGGAAAGAGUCAGCCGCCGGCUUGGACUUCCUGAGUCCCCUGCCCAGCAAGUGCAACUAUGCAGCCGACCUGCUGCUUCCCGGGCGAAGCCAGGGAAGGGAAGAGUUUGGCCAUGCCAUCUUCAAGGAGGAAGCCCCACCGGACAUAGGUGAGGCUCUGCUGGCGAAGGGCAAUGCCACCCGGUCUUCCCGAGCAAAGUGGGGCAGUUCCCAAGAGGAGGUUCUGCAGGAGUCCUGGAACUCCCUGCUGAAGUUCAAUCACUUGCACCAUGGCCGAAUCUCCAACAUGGACUUCCAAGGGGACAUUUUUGACGAGUUUCUCCACCAGCAGAAAAUCAGCCGGCAAGGAGACCAGAAGCUGCGGGGGAAGGAGAGUGGGCAGGGGCUGCCCAGGCGCCAGGAAGGGGAGGGCUGCUUGGACCUGGAGGACGGGGGCGACUUCCAAAUCCCGGUCCUGCCUUUUGGGCAGCGCUUGAGAAUCGAGAUCCACUCCACCUGGGGAGACAGGCACUACGUGGGUCUUAACGGGCUGGAGCUCUUCAGCUCCAAAGGGGAGCCCAUCCAGGUUGCCAAAAUCACAGCCAACCCCCCCGAUAUCAACAUCUUGCCCUCCUAUGGCCAAGAUCCGCGAGUGGCCAGCAAUUUGCUGGACGGGGUGAACCGGACUCAGGACGACAUGCACCUUUGGCUGGCUCCCUUCACCCCUGGGAAAUCCCACUGCAUCUUCCUGGACUUUGCCCAGGCCUGCCAGGUGGCCAUGGUCCGCAUCUGGAAUUACAACAAGUCCCGCAUCCACUCCUUCCGGGGCGCAAAGGACGUCACCAUGCUGCUGAAUGAGCAGUGCAUCUUCCGAGGGGAGAUUGCCAAGGCUUCUGGGACUCUGGCUGGAGCUCCAGAGCAGUUUGGAGACACCAUUCUGUUCACCACGGACGACGACAUCCUGGAGGCCAUCUUCUGUUACGACGAGUCCUACGACGAGGAGGCAGAAGGCGCCUGCAGCCUGAGGUACGAGGAGGAGCUGAAGAGGCCGAGAACUGCAGAUGGGGAGGGGGACGAGAGACCCUUCACGCAGGCGGGCUCACGGACAGAAGACAGACAGGGCUGGAUGCAGACAGCUGUGCCAGAUUCUGUCCCUGGGAUGGUGACCAAGGAACCAGGUGUCUAUACUGGGAAGUGCCUUCUGCUGAAUUUCACCGUUUCCUGGGGAGACUCUCACUACCUUGGACUGACAGGGCUGGAAGUGGUAGGAAAGGAGGGCCAAGCCAUCCCCUUUUCUCUGGAUCAGCUCUCUGCCUCUCCACGGGACCUGAACGAACUUGCAGAGUACACAGAUGACUGUAGGACCUUAGAUAAAUUAAUUGAUGGGAUCAACAUUACUAUGGAAGAUGAGCACAUGUGGCUCAUUCCCUUCAGUCCUGGAGAAGCUCACGUGGUCACCAUCCAUUUCACACGGGCGGAGAGCAUUGCUGGGCUUCGCAUCUGGAACUAUAAUAAAUCUCCCGAGGACACCUACAGAGGGGCAAAGGUGGUCCACGUCUCCCUGGACGGUUGCUGCAUCUCCCCUCCGGGAGGCUUCCUCAUUCGCAAAGGACCCGGCAACUGCCACUUUGACUUUGCUCAAGAAAUCCUCUUUGUAGACUACCUGAAGGGUCCCCCGGUCAUGCCAGCCUGCGAACGAACGGAAGUGGGGAAGGCAGAACAAGCCAGCAUGGACUAUGAGGCUCCCCUGAUGCCCUGCGGCUUCAUUUUCCAGUUCCAGCUUCUUACAAGUUGGGGUGAUCCGUAUUACAUUGGUUUGAAUGGGCUGGAGCUGUAUAAUGAACGCGGGCAGAAGAUUUUCCUCAGUGAGAACAACAUUGCGGCUUUCCCAGACAGCAUCAACAUAUUGGAAGGCGUCUGUGGAGACGUCCGAACACCAGACAAGCUCAUCGAUGGCGUGAACGACACGACGGACGGGAGGCACACCUGGCUAGCCCCCAUUCUCCCUGGCUUGGUGAAUCGCGUUUAUGUCAUUUUUGACUCGCCUACGACAGUCUCCAUGAUUAAGCUGUGGAAUUACGCAAAAACUCCCCAGAGAGGAGUCAAAGAAUUUGGACUCCUUGUGGAUGACCUGCUUGUCUAUAACGGGAUCCUGGACCUGGUGAGCCACCUGGUCCAGGGCAUCCUCCCAACCUGCGACCCCGUCGUCCCCCAUCACACCGUUCUCUUCACGGACAACGAGAAGAUCUGCCGUCAGGAGAAGAACUCCGUCAUCAGCAAUUACAUAGAAGACCAGGACGUGCGGAUGAUGAAUGAAAACCAGAUAAUUUCCUAUUCGAAGAAGAAGCAGGUGCCUGCAGACCCAGCACUUCGCCCUAAAACCUGCAUCCAGGACAAAGGAUUGCUGCGGAGGAUGAGACAGUGACACGAGGAAGAGACGGAGCUGGCAUCUCACGCUGCUAAGCCUUGGGCUACUCCCCCCACUGCCCCACAGAGAGGGGGCACCACCUGGCCUCCUCGGGGCCAGGGCCGAAACCCCCAGGACUGCUUUUCUCAGCUGAAGCUGCAUUAAAUCUAUUCCCUGAAGCCCCCCCGUAUGCUUGGGCCAGGAGAGGCUUUGGCAGGGGGACUGCUGCAGAGAGAGGCCUUGCCAAGGCUCCCGGCGGCUCCCAGGCAGAGGAGCUGCCACAGGCCCCAAUUCAGGUGCAGCUGGGGUGGGGAGAGUGCAUGGCCAAUGAAGAGGAGCAGUUAGGAGGAGGGGGCAGCUGGCAGCCAAGGAGACCCCUCUCCCCCCCCCCACCCAGAGCCUCUGAGCUGCUUCUGACACUUGCAGUCUGCCUUGCCCUGAGUGUGCCACAGGUAGGACACAAGGGGGUGAAGGGGGUCAGAGCGAUGCCUCCUGCCCCCACUCCCUCCUUCCAGGCUUCCCAAGCUCUCUGGAAAAGGAGGCAGCGGCGGGGCCCACAACCCCAAUAGGACCCCGAAGGAGAGAGCACCAAUCCAUAGCGGCAAGAAGCUCAAGGGGUCAAGGAGCUGCUAUACAGCCCCCCCUGUUUCUAAGGCAGGGCUGGCCAGGAGCUGCAGCCACCUUGGCCCCCUCCCUCACGGUAGGAGGAGGGUUCCAGCCUGAUGGGAGGGGGGUGGGUGUCCCUGGAGAGGAGGGGGGCUCGGUGGCACAAUUCACCAUGUCCACAGAUAGGGAUGCUGAAUGGCAAGUUAUCAGGUUGUCUCAAGGUUGUCUCCCCCCCCCCCUCGCUCCCCUUCCUCCGAUGCUGUUUUGUUAUUACAUGGUUGCCUUAUGA